AUGCCACCCAACGAAGCAAUUAUAGAGCAAGCGAUCGCUCAAUUGAAUCGACAAUUGAUUCCUAAAUAUGCUGAGGUUGCAAAGGAAUUCGGAAUCAAUCGCGUUACCUUGAUGCGGCGGUUCAAAGGUCAACAGGUCUCCAGAACAGAGGCAACAUCAAUCUACUGUCAGAAUCUCACGAAUACUGAAGAACAACGCCUCCUAUUUCAUAUUAAUCAGUUAUCCGAUCGCGGCUUCCCUGUGACACCUCAAAUACUGCGCAAUUUUGUAUUAGAGAUCACCAAAAUGCAAUUGCAGGAGAAGAUCAAGCAGUAUAAUAUCCUACCCCAGAACACCUACAAUUUCGAUGAAAAAGGCUUUCUUCUUGGCCUCCUUCGUACCCUCAAGCGAAUCGUUUCUAUAGAAGCUCUCAAACGGAAGCAUACAAUUGGAGCAGUGCAGGAUGGCAGUAGAGAAUUCAUUUUUCUGCUUGCCGGUAUUUGUGCAGAUGGAACUACAAUUCCACCUGCACUCAUUUACCGCGGGGAAUCAAGAGAUAUGCAAGAUACGUGGCUUGAAGAUUUUGAUCCUAAAAAGGAUCAGGCAUACUUCGCUGCUUCAGAAAAUGGAUGGAGUAAUGAUGAAUAUGGGUUAACCUGGCUGAAACAGCAGCGUACACCUACAUCUAUACGAGCUUUGCGAGGCCUGAUAAAGCAGGCAAGUCAACGUCACCGCCGACUUUCAGUUGAUAUUAAAAAAAUUCUCCGCGCUGGGGAGAAUAUUGCUCUGGACAGAGAGGUUCUCUUAAUAGAGAAUAAGAAUCUUCAGACUGCUCUAAAUAAUGAGAGAAGGCGACGCAAACGGGGUAAGCGUAUGGGGUUGCUUAAUCCAUCAAAUCCCUCACUUGCUCAAUUCUUUUCUCCCACAAAGGUGCAGGCCGCGAGGGAGCAAGCAGAUGCUAAUGAAACUGCGAAAAUCGAUGAUCAGGCACGCAAGGAGGAUAUGAAGCUUCAACGAGCGAUUCUUCGUGAGCAAAAGCAGGCAGAGCUCAUGGAGCGGAAGGAACAACGUGAGAAGGAACGUUUAGAAGCUGCUCAACGCCGUGAGGAGGCCAAAGCUGCAGCUGCAGCUAAACGUUGUAUAGAGAAGCAACGGCGAGAUGAACAGAAACUUCAACUGCAAAAAGAGAAGGAAGAACGCGCUGCCAAACGUCAUGAAGCACAGUUGGCAAAGAAGGCACUCGCAGAGGCCUCAAAGAGGCCUACAAGAAGAUCAACAGUGGGCUCAAAACACCGUAGAAGCUCUAUACAACCUUCUAAAAGCGAGCGCUUUUUGGAGUUCGUUGGGUGGAUGAGUUCGUUGGGUGAAUGUUUUCAAAAAUUCACCACCAUGCUGAAUGCCAACCAUGGCAUGCGAAGACUUUCGUCAACCUCCUCGGAUGUCAAAGGCGGCGACAAUACGUCUCAGCAAGACAAAAUCAUGGAGAUCCAUAGCCAGAUGCUUGAAAUGAUUGAAAUACUUGGGCAAAUGUCCGCAAUACUCAAGACAAUAGAAACAUGGAGUAAAGAACAAUAUGAUGCUGAUCUACGGCCCUCUGCGAAAAAAAAUCAGGAUGUAGCAUGCAACAUUUGA